AUCCGCCGGUGUCGGUGAUAGUCGCUCUUGUUGUUAACAACAACUAAGUUAACAGUAACUCGCGAUGUGCACGCUCCACACCAACGCAAAAUAAAACUCAAACAGACAUCAAUAAAUUAUUACAAUAUUAUUAAACUAAACUAAACUAAAGUGUAAACCAAAACCAAAUCCAAAACAAAAAAUGCAAACAAAGUUGAUAAAAAUUCCAAGUCUAAUUUUGUAAUGUUCUAAUUAUGUCCGUGGUGCAAUCUGUUCAUCAUCAUCGUUCACAUCACAAAGUAUCAUCGUUGUUCGGCCACGUGUGCGCGUGUUAUCAGCUGCGAUGCGGGCGCCAUCUAGGUGGCUCACGAUAGUCACCGCAAUCAGUUUCUAUUUCGGCGUUUAUGCCGUUGAGGUUGAUGAUGAUACCGAACCUGCGUCGAGAUUUAAAGAGCAGAUAUUUUCGGACGAAGAAUGGCGACAGUUCAUGAGUGAUAUUCCUGGGGGACAGAAAGAUAUAGUUUAUGAUAUAAUCCACCCUAAAUUUACGAAACUAUCAAACAUCGAUCAUCGCUUGGAUUUCCACGCACCGAAAUGGAAUAAAACAUUCACAAUCUUAUUAAAACCCAGCCCGAAUUUAUUCUCCAGCGAUUUUCGACUCAUAGAAACCUUUAGUAAUGGCUCCAGAGUUAUGCAACACACCGCACAAGAUGGCGAGUGUCAUUUUCGGAAUGAAAACGCCGCGUUGAGCAUCUGUGAUGGCGUCCGUGGAGUAAUAAAUAUCGACGAAGAUUUCUACCACAUUCAACCAAUCCCAGCUAAAUACACAAAAUUGUAUCAUACUCAUGUGAUAGUAAGAAGCAAACAAGAUGGAGUCGCACAAAAUGGCGACCAGGCGUGCUUGCACACCAGCGACACAGAUUACGCACACAAGAAGCGUAAACGAAAAAAGUUUACAUUACAUUCACGAAGCAAACGUGAUUUAUUCCCACCGGAUAGUCCUGUGUUUGUAGAAACAGCCGUGUUUGUCGACCGGGAUCUUUUCGAGCAUAUGAAAAGCAAUUUUCCGAUUGAUACCGAACGGGAAUUGAUUCGAUUUGUAUUGGCAAUGAUCAACGCUGUGCAAUUAUUGUAUCAUGAUCCUAGUUUAGGCAGACCUGUGAAUUUUCUACUGAAAAGACUUGAGAUACUCAAAGAAGAAACACCAGGGUUGUCAAGACCGCCGGAUAUUGACAGAUAUCUGUCAAAUUUUUGUAAUUGGCAAAGGACGAAGAAUCCCGCUGGGGAUAGGGAACCACAACAUUGGGACCAUGCUUUGAUACUCACCGGAUUAGAUUUAUAUGUGAGGGAAAACGGGAAGAUAUCCAGUCAAGUUGUCGGUUUAGCGCCUGUUGCUGGUAUGUGCACAGCGACGAGUAGCUGUACAGUGAACGAAGGCAGACAUUUUGAGAGCGUUUAUGUUGUAGCUCAUGAAAUAGGACACAAUUUAGGAAUGCGUCAUGAUGGUCCCCUGGCUGAUAACGAUUGUGAUCCAAGUAGUUAUAUAAUGUCUCCGACGCUGGGAAGUGGAAAGAUUACCUGGUCAUCUUGUAGUCGACGAUAUCUACAGAAAUUCCUAGACACGCCUCAGUCACGCUGUUUGCUCGAUCACGGAAGUUCCGCUGGGCAAUUGGACCAUCGGGCCGAAGGUGCACUUCCUGGCGAACGCUUCGAUUCCGAUCAGCAGUGUAUGUUGAAGUACGGCCGAGGAAGUCGUCAUUCGUCACAGCAGCCACUGGACGACGUCUGCAGGGAUCUGCAUUGUGAACGCGAGCGAUACACGUGGACAUCACAUCCGGCGCUGGAAGGUACACGCUGUGGACAUAACCUAUGGUGUAGAGGUGGUAGAUGUGUCCUGAAGGGAACAUCAGCAAAUUCAGUUUACAAUACAAUUCAAGCAGCCUCCUCAGCGCGUUUGGAAAGCAUAGAUGGCGGGUGGAGCAAUUGGCGUGCGUUCACAGACUGUGCAUCUGGUUGCCUAUUCGGGGAAGAAGGACGCUUGCGUUCCGGAAGUACCGGAAUCAUGGAAACCAGCCGAAUGUGUAAUAAUCCGCAUCCACAAGGCGGCGGAUCCGGAUGUGAUGGUAUUGAGAGACGAUAUCAAGCAUGUCACGCUCAGCAAUGUCUGAAUGUACCCAGAUUAACUGUGAGAGAGUUCGCAGACCAGAUCUGUUCACGCGCAAAAGAAGUGGAUAAAGAUCUUACAGGAGGAGGUGUCCAACGUAUAAGUUCAGAUCCUGAAGAAGCUUGUGUGGUCUGGUGUCAAAAACGAAAUGGCGGCACAAAAAGCCGCGGCUGGACCUUCCCAGAUGGCACUGUAUGUCAAACCCGCCGUAAUAAAUACUCCACAGCCAGUUAUUGUAUCAACGGCCGCUGUGAGGACUUUGGCUGUGAUCCGUACGACGAGGCACAGCAUGCACAGAUGCCCGAACUGUGUCCUGGUGAACGCGAUGAUAACGAAGUGGGUUACCGCACUGGUUUACGUCGCAGGGACAAUCCUCCGAUUCAAUGGAAUAGCGCCAGUGCGUGCCAUUUCAACUGUAUUGCUCCAGGCAGCGGUAUCCGAUUGGUUGUAAACAAAGCCAAUCAACACAAGUCUAGCAUCCAGCUUUGCCAACCUGAACAAUAUGGCUGUAAUCGAAUGAAGACGCCAUUUCAACACGCGUCGGUUGUGUGCUCCAAGUACAAGGAGCGUGUGCGGCGACUUUCCGGUCUUGGCAUGCAAAUAUCACCGGCUUUGGAGGACCCGGAUCGGCCUUGUCGCGUCGCUUGUCAGGACGAAUCUAUUGCGCACAGGUUUUACUUAGUCAAUGGUGAGGAGGGGUGGUUUCCAUUUGGUACGGACUGUUCCAGGGGUUUGGCGGAUAAGAAGGCUUAUUGUAUUAGCGGAAAGUGUUUGGAAUUUGGCAAUGAUGACACUCCGGAAUCCCAAUCAGAGUUCACACUCCCUUUACUCUCACGUAAUAAACGUUCUUUGUAUAAGAACGCAACCAAAGUCACAGCUACCCUAUUCCAAACCGAGUUAGACGAUCUGGUGGAGAAACUAAACAAAACAAUUCUCGGUCAAGUCCCGCAAAACCCCGGCAGUCAUUUCCAAGUCGACUACAACAACCCAAUACAUAUAAAUCUAGAUCCAGAGGUGUCUGGGUCCUCCACGGAUGCAAAAUACGAAAAUCGCGAUAAUUAUCCAGUCUACGACUAUUAUACAACCAACUAUACAUAACUUUCAGUAAGUAGAGCAAGUAAGUAAAUAUAUACUGCCAAUUAACAUUAAAAUGAACAUAAUCUAAUAUAAAGCAUCUAAUAUAUUUAAUAAAUUUGUGCGGACGUCACAUAA